AGAGGGAUGGAGGACACUGAGUGGAAGCCAGAAGAGGGAUUGGCAGAGAGGGAUGGGAGAGACACUGAGUGGAAGCCAAGGAGGGAUUGGCAAGAGGGGAUGGAGGACACACUAGAGUCUGAGGACAGUGGAGGGGAUUUGGGCAGAGAAGGAUGGAGGACACUGAGUGGAGGGCCCAGUGGAGGGGAUUGUCCAGACAGGGAGAUGGAGGACACUGAGUGGAGGCCAGUGGAGGGAUUUGGCAUGACAGGGAUGGAGGACAUCACUGAGUGGAAGCCAGUGGAGGGAUUGGGCAGAGAGGAUGGGAGGACACUGAAUGGAGGCCAGUGGAGGGAUUGUGGCAGAGAGUGGAUGGAGGACACUGAAUGGAGGCCAGUGGAGGAUUGGCAGAGAGGGGAUGGAGAACACUGAAUGGAGGCCAGUGGAGGGUAUUGGCAGAGAGGGAUGGAGGACACUGAAUGGCGGCCAGUGGAGGGAUUAGGCAGAGAGUGAGGAUGGAGGACACUGAUGGAGCUCUGUGGUGUCAUUGGUUUAAAAAGGGGCGUAUUCUGGAGAUGUCGCGGACGGUGAGGCGGCAUGGAUU